UAUAGUAAUGCAAGUGAAUAAGUCAUAAGAAGAUCUGUACAAGGACAAGUUCUAAGUAUCAUUCCGUGGUCAUCAUAUCAACACUUAUCAGCUAUAGAAGUGCUUGUGUCAGCUCAGAACAGGAGAAGCUGUGAGUCAUUUAAUGACCAGAUAAGGUCUCCAUUCUCAUGAUUUUUCUCAUAUGUUUUUCCUGGCACCAUGGAUGAAUACAACCGCUUUGUGGAUUGGGAGAAAAUGGAUGUUACUGUCCAAAACCAAGAUCCAAAGGAGCUAACCUGUACCGAAUUCCAGGAGCUCAAACAGCUGGCCCGGCAGGGCUACUGGGCCAAGAACCACUCUUUGAGAGCCAAAGUGUACCACAAAUUAAUUAACAAUAUUCCAUGCCGCACAGUGACUCCAGAUGCAAACGUGUACCGGGACAUUGUUGUGAAGAUCAUUGGAAAACGUAACAGUGGCUCCCUUCCACUGCCAGAAUUUGUGGAUAACAGCCUGGUUCCCACGUACUGCUUGAAUGCAGAAGGCAUUGGGGCAGUCAGGAAGAUAAUACUGUGCAUUGCAAAUCAGUUCCCAGACAUAUCAUUUUGUCCAGCGCUGCCUUCUGUCACAGCUUUGCUCCUCCACUACAGCAAAGAUGAGGCAGAGUGCUUUGAAAAGGUUUGUCGCAUCCUUGCUUGCAAUGAUCCAUCUAAGCGGCUCAUUGAUCAGACAUUCUUAGCUUUUGAGUCCUCCUGCAUGACCUUUGGUGACCUAGUUAACAAGUACUGUCAGGCAGCACAUAAGCUGAUGGUGGCAGUGUCUGAGGAUGUGUUGGAGGUAUACUCUGACUGGCAACGCUGGCUUUUUGGAGAGCUGCCCAUGGUAUACAUUGCUCGGGUCUUUGACGUGUUUCUGGUGGAGGGCUACAAGGUUCUCUAUCGUGUUGCACUGGCUCUUCUGAAAUUCUUUCACAAAGUCAGAGCUGGGCAGCCCAUGGAGUCUGACAGCAUACAGCAGGAUAUUCGAUCUUUUGUGAGGGACAUUGCCAAAUCAGUGUCCCCGGAGAGGCUUUUGGAAAAAGCUUUUGCUAUCCGACUUUUCUCGCGGAAAGAGAUCCAGCUCCUGCAGAUGGCCAAUGAGAAGGCUUUACAGCAGAAGGGCAUCACAGUCAAGCAGAAAAGUGUUACAUCUCCUAAAAGGCAGAACGUGCACUUAGCAGUUCAUGCUGAGAACUUCAAGUCUGAAAUUGUCAGUGUGAAAGAGAUGCGAGAUAUCUGGUCCUGGAUCCCAGAACGCUUUGCACUUUGCCAGCCACUCUUGCUUUUCACAACCCUAGAACAUGGGUGUAGCCUAAGCAGGUUCUAUUCUCACAGUGAGGGACAUGAACCCACUCUUCUCCUCAUCAAGACUACAGCAAAAGAGGUUUGCGGUGCUUAUCUGUCAACUGAUUGGAGUGAGCGCAGACGAGGAGGGAACAAGCUGAGUUUCUUUGGGACAGGGGAGUGCUUUGUGUUUAGACUACAGCCAGAAGUAGAACGCUACGAGUGGGUAAUAAUAAAACACCCAGAACUAGCCAUGACUGUUUCUGAGCCAGAAAAUCGUGCCACGCAGGCUUCUAGUACCCUUUCCUCCAAUAGCGUCCCAUCAGAUCCCUCAGAUCGCCUUUCUCCCUUCUUAUCUGCUCGGCACUUCAACUUGCCUUCCAAAACAGCCUCCAUGUUCAUGGCUGGCAGCAGCGAAUGCAUCAUUAUAGGAGGUGGAGACGGCCAGGCUCUCUACCUUGAUGCAGAUCUGAACCAUGGAAGAACAAGUCACUGCAAUACUUUCAAUAAUCAGCCGUUGUGCUCUGAAAGUUUCCAGAUCUCUGUCUUGGAGGUGUGGGGCUUCAGGGACACCAUGAAUGGUUGACAUGACUAUCAUCCAACAACUAGUUUUGCAGGUGUCUUAGGAUUCCCAAGACAAAUUCUAAACCCAGGAGCCAAGUCAGAAUAUAAUUUCCACUGGGCCCAGUAUUGUCUAGUAUUUACUAAGCAGCACACUUGAAUGCAGGGCUUAGUUGUUUACUCCUUUAUUUAAGACAGGUCAAGGAGGAAGUAGUGUGAAGUAUCUGAUUAACUCCUUAACCCUUUACCUCUAGAGAUCUGAAUUCAGGUCUUGAUAUUAGGUAAAAAUGGAACAGUAAUGAUUUCAAACCAUCCUAAAUGGGUACAAAUCCAUAUCAUAGGAUAGUUUUGCAGUUCAAUGCAAUGCAAGUUGUCAGAGGCAAAGAGCUUGCUGAGGUGUACUGUAGAGCUGUGUGCCCCUGGCACCAGUAUCUGGCUUGAGCCAGUAAUACCAAGUUUCCACUCACAGGAACAUUGAAGACCCCAGAUUUGGCAAUAAGGCACUGGUUAAUAAAAUCAUUGCCCUACUGUAAGUGGACUUUAAACAAACGAAUCAUAAGUUAUUAUCAGUACCUUGUGAUGAGUAAGCUAUGAAAGCAUUCAGUUCAGAAAAGAAACCAUGACUGCUAAUUACCCUUCUCCUUGCACCUGAACCCAUGGCACAUUCCAGUUGCAUCUGUUUGAGGAGUUCGCCUCUCAGAAGAAGGCAUCCAGACUGGACAAGGAUAUCUCAGAGGGUUAAUUUUGUUUACCUUCCUAUUCCAUAUCAGUAUAAUGACUUCAAACUGACUCACAUUUCGGGCAGCUGCAACCCAGUAGCUCGGACACUUCCGUUUCUUCAUCUUUCCUGGAAGCUGAAAUGAAGCUUUAAAUCUGAGAAUAACAACUGAGCUAAUAUCAGUAAAUCAGCCAUUGGGGGAAUUAGCCAUUGGGAUACAGAAAAUUAUGCACUAUCCAGAAGUAAAUGGAGGGAGGCAGAAGGGGAACCUUCUGAGUAAUAUUGUUCUGGGAGAGGACCAGUUUUCCCAGGAGAACUCUAGGUGACACCACUUCUCCACAUUGUGAGUCUUGCCAGUGAUAGAGAGUCCUGAUAAAGGUAACGCUGCUGCCUACAGUAUUCUUCUGGUAGAGCUUGGAUGAGGCGAAGUUGUUGUUUCUCGUUCCUGAGAAUUGGUGCAGUUCUCUUCUGCAAGAAUGCUUUGUAGUCUGUGAUAACUGGAUGCAAUUUCCCAGUGUCUAUGUCUAAAACUUUUUGUGUCUGGCUGUGGAACUUCUCCCACAUGAAGCACGUGUACAAAAACAUCCAGUGGAUGGUCCAGAGCAUACCACUGAAUGUUUCCAGUACUUCAGUAAAUGGCUCAUUAGUAAGAUUUGCCACUAUAGAUGAAAUGAGGGGAAAGAGGAAAUGCUGGUUUCUUCAGCAGUUCAAUUCAAGCAUUUGCACUAGAGUGGGGGAAUACUAUUUCUACUUAAACUUGAAGUUUAUAAAAGGGGAAACUUAAAAAUUGUGGUAAUAAAAUCUCAGCUAGGCUGGACAGGGUCAUGUCAAUAUUCAGUGGUCACAGAUGAGUUUGAUGAUGCUGACUUGUUCAACUGGCCAGCAAAGAUGAUGUGUGAUAGUAGAAUGUAGAAUAAAGCGUAUGAACAAAUUUGGAAUUUCUUCUUAAGGUGCCAUUCUGAAAAAAUUUUCCAGAUUAACUUAAUGAAAUAUUAGACUGUAUAUACAACAUUUUAAGAUGUCUUUUGCAGUGUUUAUAUUUGCAAUUAGAUUAUUUCACAUUGUCUGAAAGACAGCAUUGGCCUUUCUUUUUUUCCUGUUUGCCACUCAGAAAGUUCUGUCUAGCUAUUGAAUCACUUACUGCUUGCUUUUUUCAUAGGUUUACUGUCUGUUUUUGACUGAACUGGAAAGGUUGAUAUAAUUCAGUUAUACUAAUGGGUAUCGACAGGAGGACACUUCAACAGUCAUAUCUUGUUUCUACAAACACGCUGCCUGAUGCUGCCUUCUAUUACUUUUUUCAAAGCUAGCUGUAUCACUUUUGAUAUUUGCUACUGUCCUAUGAGCUCCCUCAGACAAAAGAAGUCACUCCAAAUGUAUCCCGUUUAGUCGAAUCUCUUAAAUAUAGUGGGCUCUCUUACAUAGUGUUUUCCAUAUCUCCUCUCUUUGGAGUUUGCCUAUAAGUUGCCUUACCAAAAAACAAACAGCAUUAACUUUCACCUUGUUAAGUUGUCAGAUUUCCUAGAGCUGUGUGUUGGCAGGAUUUGUAGGACUUUAAUAUUACAUUCAAAUAAAAUUAAUUGUUUUUAUCUGCAAAAUCUUUCCUGCAGCUGGCAAAGAUGUGGUUUUCUCUGUCCCUAUCCCUGCAGUAUGUAAUUAUGUCAUUGAAACUUGAAUACUAUACCAUUUCUUAAGCCAUAUCUGAAAAAUACUGUUCCUUUCCCUUCUCUGUUUCUAGUGCACAGAAAUUUGGGUGUUUGAUUUCAGAAAUCACUCGUAGUUGGUCACAAAGUCAUCUUAGUCUGAGAAAUCAAGGAGCAAUACUGAAAAUCAGUGAGAUUUAGACAUCUGAGUCUCUUGGGCCUCUUUCAAAGUCAGUCACAGGCCUUUGCCCAGAUUCUGUUGUCAGAUGAAUACAGCUUCUGAUCACUCUGGCGGUGAAGAUCCACAGAGGACCCCUUUUAGGCAGCUUAUCUGAGUGGCCAACUACAGUCUUUUUGCACAGGACUAAGGCUAAAUCUUUUUUUGACUCUUGAAGGAACACGUUUGGUGGCAGCACUUGGUUGGUAGUGUCUAACAGUUGGUCUCUUAUCUCGGCACUUGCAGUUGUGAGGGAGGGUAUAUAUACUUGGAGCAAACACUGCCCCACUAGAACAAUUUGAGCUAUGAUGUAUAUGUAUUUUUAAAUCACUGCAGGGGCUGGACACUGUUUCAAACAGGUAAAUGGGUAAUCCUCCUUCUAUUGUCUAUUCUAUUCAUAUCAGUCUUAAGAGGUGUAUGUUGUAGCAAUGGUUUUAGUUUGCUGUAGCACUAUCCUCCUGCAGAUAUCCUGGAACGCUAGUGUAGUUCAUAUGUUCUAAGUCUGAAUAGCCUAAAUAACCAAGAAGCUGCAGUAAACUAGCAAGAGGAAUUAUACAAAGCUGUGUCAUUCUCAUAUGUUCCUUUGCUCAGUAAAAAUGAAUGUUCCUUUUCAUGUGCAAAACUUCAUGAAUAAUUCUCUUUAUAGUAUUGAGACAGCUAGAGGAACAGCGUUGUGACUCUGUUUCCUUUCCAGUGGCAGAGAGGCAUUUUUUAUUUGUGUAGUUAAGGGUUGUUGUUAACCCGUUAUAUAUCAAGGUUCAUGUAUCAAGCCAACAGUUUGUGUGUUACAUACAGGACUCGAAAUGGAGACAACAGUACCGUUUGUAAGAAGACAGCUGCAAUGUGCAUUUUACCAGAAAGUUAACAUUAUGUGAAGUAGCCACCUGUGAAGUGCUUUGAAUGCAUUAUAACUUUGAACAAUCACGGAUGUGCCCUCCCUCUUCUUUGUAGUCCCGCUGGUAGUAAUGACAGUGAGUCCCAGCGUCAUUUCAGUAGCUGUGCAGCGUGAAGCCAGGGAGCUGAAGGCUGAGCAUCACCUACUGUCGUUGUGGAAGAGCAUAUUUGCUUUCCUGGGAAGCUGUUUUUGCUUUGUAAUAGUCUCUUGGACAGUCAGGGAAGGCAGAAAAGAUUAUAAUCUCUUGGUGUCAGAAAUCUGAAUUUAUUUUAAAUGGUAAUUAAGUUAUUUUCAGGCCACAGGAACUAGUUCUAGCUGUUAGCCAAAGUGACCAGGCUUUAUCACUGGACCUAAAAGCUGUCAUUCCUACAAAUCAUGCACUUUGAAGCAUUGUCUUUUCUGAUGAAAUAAGUUAAAUGGAAAGGGGAGAGAGAACCUCCAUUUCUUCUGUGUUGAGAAAACAGAAGGCAAAUUGGGAGCGUGCGGGGGUGGUUACCAUUCUUUAAAGAGUUAAACUUAAUGCCAAUGGAAAUCUGUGUUUAGCUAUGAGGGGGUGGUGCUCGCAUAUCUGUGAACUGCUAUUCUGUGUGUGUGUGUGUGUGUAUUGAAAAUUGUGUACUUUGUUCUUCAAACUCUGUCCUUAUUUUUGAUGGGGAAUGAGUUUCCCGUGCCUGCUGACUAUACAGUGGCCAUGGCAAUGCUGAUGCCACAGCAAGCAGAGACCAAGAACAGCUAUUGCAUUGGAAGAGCUCAGCUGCUGCAACCAACACCUGGAAUCAGUUCAUCAGGCAGAUCAGAGGCUCAGACCCAGCUGCUCAUAUGUGAGAUAUCUUUUUACCAGCCCUGUCUUGAAUGUACAGAUUAUUUGGUGUGUUGUUUUUCUUCAGAUGAGUGGUGGCAUGGUGCUGAAUUGAUUUUCUGCUGUUCAGUUGGAAUCGCUGCCCUACAUUGAUGCUAUUUUUGACACUAUAUCGCGUCCUGGAUUGUAUUAAAAGAUGUUUGACUGUGAA